AUGACACCCUCCCAAACAAGCACCCCCCAAGACCUAAACCGGCUACUCCCGCCUGAGCGAGUUGCUGAAGGAGUCUCCAUUCUCACUCAGCUCGACGCUGACCGUCAAUCCCGCCGCCAAAGCGUAUCCUCUGUGCGCCUAGAUAACGAUAACGAUGACAUCGACUCGCCGUCUCCGAUCUACCACCAAUUUCUGCGGGAGGAUACUCAGAACAUUGCCGCUCUGACAAACUUUGCGCCGCUGGAAUUUGAGUGCUUGUGGAAUUCUAUUCGAGCGCACGUGGCUGACCACUGGAAUGUAGGCCGUGGCCGUAAGAGCAAGCAGCAACCCAAGGACGUGCUGUUCAUGUUCCUGGUCGUCCUUAAGCACUGUGGGAAAUGGGACGUGGUUGUGUCUCCGUACCUCUACGAGAAAUACGUGGUGUCCGCGGCUGGCAAAUUCACGAUGGAGGCGCUCGUGCUAGUAGACAACACGUUCCGUAACUACCCAAGCGCUCGCUACGCCACGGAUGUUACUUUCCAGCAGAGCAACAUGCCGACCGGCCAAAUAAAAGAACGGCGUGCGUACUACAGUGCCAAACAUCAUCUUCACGGCUACAAAGUCGAGGUGUCUGUGCUUCCUAAUGGCCUUGCACUCAACUGCACGGCGCAUUACCCUGGCAGUGAAGCGGAUAUCCAGAUUUUCCGCAACAACCACGAGUUUCACCUCCAACAUCUUCUUAAGAGCUCGAUGGAGACUGAGCUAGCAGAUGAAGGGCCUCUAACGACUGAGCAUUCCGACUCGUGGGCUGUUCUAGCUGAUAAUGGGUACCAAGGACUUGCCGCUGACUUUCGCGCCAUCACGCCGUUCAAGAAGCAGCCGCUGCGGGAGUUGACCCUGGAGCACGUGGAGACUAAAGACCGCAUUGCAUACGACCGCGGCCUCGUAAAGAACUAUUUCGGUCGGCUCUGCACGCUAUGGGCAAUGUGCUCAGACAAAUACCGUGAAGAUGGUACCAACUACCACAACUACUUGAAGCGGCUUUGUGUGAUCAGUCACGACGCUAGUACCAAGAAACUUGCAGUGCAAAGGCGUUACCGCGAAAAGAGACACAUGCGUCUUCGACGCAUGCUUGUCGCUCAUGUGGAUCGCCCCGGAAGUCGGUCUGCACGUCAGCGCGAGAGUGAUGAAGAAAGCGAGGAUUUUUUCGACCACGAAAGUAUCGCUUUCGCUUGA